AUGCCGGGGUCGCUGAGUAAUGAAGACGAGGGACAGGACGACAUGGAUUUUGAAGACGAUUUGCCAGAUGAGGAUGACGAAGGUGAGCGCACCGCCGUUCCCCUCGCGCCCCUCGACACCUUCUUCACCCCCGACGAAGACUCCCUCAAACAGCAGAAGAAGAAGAAGCCCAAAAAGAUGAAAGAGGGAAAAAUACCCAAAGUGAAGAAGAGGAAAAAGGAGGGAGGACUUCAGCCCCGAGUGGACAGCGACCUGGAGGAGGCCUCGGAGGUGGAGGUGGAGCGGGAGCGUCCGGAGGUCGGCUCCGAGAGCGAGAGCAGCAUGUACGGUCCCACCAAGAAGAAGAAGAAGAAACCCAAGGAGAAGAAAGAGAAGAAGCCCCGGAAGAAGAAGAGAGAUGAGGAAGAUGAGGAUGAUGACGACGAUGAUGGUAACUCGAAAGAACCCAAAUCCUCGGGCCAGCUGAUGCAGGAGUGGGGUCUCGAAGACGUCCAGUAUGGCUUCACCGAGGACGACUACAAAACCAUCACCAACUACAAGGCCUUCAGCCAGUUCCUCAGGCCUCUCAUUGCCAAGAAGAACCCGAAGAUUCCCAUGUCAAAGAUGAUGACGGUGCUGGGGGCCAAGUGGAGAGAGUUCAGUGCCAACAACCCGUUCAAAGGCGCGUCUGCCACCGCCGUGGCCGCCGCCGUGGCCGCCGCUGUGGAGAUGGUCACCGUGGCCCAGCCGGCGACUGUGGGCGGCAGCCAGCCGAGCUCCCUGCCGGGGCCGGUCAAGAAAGCCAAAACCAAAGAGGGCAAGGGACCGGGAGUCAGGAAGAGAAGCAAGUCGGUGAAGGAGGUGAAGAAGAAGCCGAAGCCGAAAAAGACCAAAUCAAAGUCGGGCCAGAGUGGGAAGAAGAAGAAAGCCUCCUCGAGUGAGGAGGACUUCCUGGAGGAGUCCGACUUUGAUGACAUCAGCAUCCACAGUGCCUCAGUGUUUUCCGAUACCUUGGGGGGGGCCGCCACCAAGAAGAAGGCCCGGCGUGGGAGGAAAAAAAGGAAAAAGGAGGACGGGGACGGCUACGAGACCGACCACCAGGACUACUGUGAGGUCUGCACACAGGGCGGAGAGAUCAUCCUGUGUGACACGUGUCCCAGAGCGUACCACCUGGUCUGCCUGGACCCCGAGCUGGAGAAGGCCCCCGAGGGCAAAUGGAGCUGCCCGCACUGUGAGAAAGAGGGAAUCCAGUGGGAGGCCAAAGAUGAGGAUGAGGAGGAGGAGGAGGAGGAGGAGGUGGUGGUGGAGGAGGAGGACGACCACAUGGAGUUCUGCAGAGUGUGUAAAGAUGGAGGAGAGCUGCUGUGCUGCGACACCUGCCCGUCCUCCUACCACAUCCACUGCCUCAACCCGCCGCUGCCGGAGAUCCCCAACGGAGAGUGGCUGUGUCCGCGGUGCAUGUGUCCCCCGCUGAAAGGUAAAGUACAGAAGAUUCUGCACUGGACGUGGGGGGAGCCUCCACUGCCGGCUGAGCUGCCCGACGGCCCCGACGGGAAACCCAACGACCCGCUGACCAAGCCCCCCCUCAAGGGCCGCGCAGAGAGGGAGUUCUUCGUGAAGUGGGCGGGUCUGUCGCACUGGCACUGCUCCUGGGUCAGCGAGCUGCAGCUGGAGCUGUACCACACCGUCAUGUACCGGAACUACCAGAGAAAGAACGAGAUGGACGAGCCGCCGCCGUUCGACUACGGCUCCGGAGAAGAGGAGCUCAACAACGAGAAGAGGAAGAGCAAGGACCCCCAGUACGCCGCGAUGGAUGAGCGCUUCUACCGCUACGGCAUCAAACCCGAGUGGAUGGUGAUCCACCGGGUGGUCAACCACAGUUUUGAUAAAGAUGGCGAUGUGCACUACCUGAUCAAAUGGAGAGACCUGCCCUACGACCAGUGCACCUGGGAGGUGGAUGACUUCGACGUCCCAGACUACGACAGUCACAUAGCUCUCUACUGGGACCACAGGGAGCAGAUUCUAGGGGAGGACCAACGCCCCCUGGUGGCGAGGAAAGGAACAAAACUCAAAGAGGACCAUCAGAAAAAGGAGGUCCCUCCUGACGCUCCCAUCAUAGAUCCAACCAUCAAGUUCGAGCACCAGCCGUGGUACAUUAACGCCACUGGAGGAACGCUGCACCCGUACCAGCUGGAGGGCCUGAACUGGCUGAGGUUCUCCUGGGCUCAGGGCACCGACACCAUCCUGGCCGACGAGAUGGGACUGGGAAAGACGGUGCAAACCAUAGUGUUCCUCUACUCACUGUACAAGGAGGGUCACUCCAAGGGGCCUUUCCUGGUGAGUGCGCCGCUCUCCACCAUCAUCAACUGGGAGCGGGAGUUCGAGAUGUGGGCCCCGGACUUCUACGUGUUGACGUACACCGGGGACAAAGACAGCAGGGCCACGAUCCGGGAGAACGAGUUCACCUUCGAGGACAACGCAGUGAAAUCAGGCAGAAAGGUGUUUCGCAUGAAGAAAGACACUCAAAUCAAGUUCCACGUGCUGCUGACGUCCUAUGAGCUGAUCACCAUAGAUCAAGCCGUGCUGGGCUCCAUCACCUGGGCCUGUCUGGUGGUAGACGAGGCCCACAGGCUGAAGAACAACCAAUCAAAGUUUUUUAGGAUUCUGAACGGGUAUAAGAUUUACUACAAGCUGCUGCUGACUGGGACGCCUCUGCAGAACAACCUGGAGGAGCUGUUCCACCUGCUCAACUUCCUCACACCGGAGCGCUUCAAUAACCUGGACGGCUUCCUGGAGGAGUUCGCCGACAUCUCCAAAGAGGACCAGAUCAAGAAGCUUCACGACCUGCUCGGCCCUCACAUGCUCCGGAGGCUGAAGGUCGACGUGUUCAAGAACAUGCCGGCAAAGACGGAGCUGAUCGUCCGGGUGGAGCUCAGCCCCAUGCAGAAGAAAUACUACAAGUUCAUCCUGACGCGGAACUUCGAGGCCCUGAACUCCAAAGGUGGAGGGAACCAGGUGUCGCUGCUGAACAUCAUGAUGGACCUGAAGAAGUGCUGCAACCACCCCUACCUGUUCCCUGUGGCUGCUGUGGAAGCUCCUGUGUUACCCAACGGUUCUUAUGACGGCAGCCAGCUGGUGAAGUCCUCAGGGAAACUGACGCUGCUUCAGAAGAUGCUGAGGAAACUCAAGGACGAGGGACACAGAGUUCUCAUUUUCUCUCAGAUGACAAAGAUGUUGGAUCUUCUGGAGGAUUUCUUGGAGUUUGAAGGUUAUAAAUAUGAGCGAAUUGACGGAGGAAUCACCGGAGGCCUGAGACAGGAGGCCAUCGACCGCUUCAAUGCGCCGGGGGCUCAGCAGUUCUGCUUCCUGCUCUCAACACGAGCCGGAGGCCUCGGCAUCAAUCUGGCCAGCGCCGACACGGUGGUCAUUUACGACUCCGACUGGAAUCCUCACAACGACAUUCAGGCUUUCAGCAGGGCCCACCGCAUCGGCCAAAACAGGAAGGUGAUGAUCUACCGCUUCGUGACACGAGGCUCGGUGGAGGAGCGGAUCACCCAGGUGGCGAAGAGGAAGAUGAUGCUCACCCACCUGGUGGUGCGGCCGGGCCUGGGCUCCAAAACCGGAUCCAUGUCCAAACAGGAGCUGGACGACAUCCUCAAGUUUGGCACGGAGGAGCUUUUCAAAGAUGAAAUCGAGGCGGCCCGGGCCAUGGGUGACACCAAAGAUUGCGAGGAGGGCAACGUGAUUCACUACGACGACGAUGCCAUCUCCAACCUGCUGGACCGCAACCGGAGCGCCACCGAGGACACGGAGAUCCAGAACAUGAACGAGUACCUGAGCUCCUUCAAGGUGGCUCAGUACGUGGUGAAGGAGGAAGAGGGAGAGGAGGAGGUGGAGCGGGAGAUCAUCAAGCAGGAGGAGAACGUGGAUCCAGAAUACUGGGAGAAGCUCCUCCGUCACCACUACGAGCAGCAGCAGGAGGAUCUGGCUCGGAACCUGGGCAAAGGCAAGCGCAUCCGGAAGCAGGUCAACUACAACGACACGACGCAGGAGGAUCAGGAGUGGCAGGGUGAUCUUUCAGACAAUCAGUCGGAGUACUCCGUGGGGUCCGAGGACGAGGACGAAGAUUUCGAGGAGAGGCCUGAAGGAGGUCGCAGACAGUCUCGUCGGCAGAUGAAAAGCGAGAGAGACAAACCUCUGCCUCCGUUACUGGCUCGUGUUGGAGGCAGUAUCGAGGUUCUGGGGUUCAACGCCCGCCAGAGGAAAGCCUUCCUCAACGCCAUCAUGCGCUGGGGCAUGCCGCCGCAGGACGCCUUCAACUCCCACUGGCUGGUGAGGGACCUGCGAGGGAAGAGCGAGCGAGAGUUCAGAGCCUAUGUGUCUCUGUUCAUGAGACACCUCUGUGAGCCGGGGGCGGACGGGGCGGAGACCUUUGCUGAUGGCGUCCCGCGGGAGGGGCUGUCUCGCCAGCACGUCCUCACCAGGAUCGGGGUCAUGUCCCUCGUCAGGAAAAAGGUGCAGGAGUUCGAGCACGUGAACGGGAAGCUGAGUUCUCCGGAUCUGAUUCCCAUCGGCAUGGAGCUGAAGAAGCUGACGGAGAGCGUGUCCUCCGACCCCAACACGCCGGUGCCACUGAGCCCCGUGGCCACUCAGCCCGGCACCCCCGUCCCCCCCGAGAAGAGCGAGUCCCUCCUGGGGAGCACGGAGGACAAGGAGACCACGGAGCAGGACAGCAAGAAAGCCUCAGAGCAGGAGACCUCCAGCUCGGAGCCGGCCUCUGCACCCGAGAAGGCGGCUGACAGCGAGGAGAGCAAGGCCAGCUCCGAGGAGAAGACGGGAGAUGAGAGGGACGGCAGCGAGACGCCCUCCACAAAGACGGAGCCACAUGCCAACCCCAAAGAGUCGGCUUUGAAGCAGGCCGAGCUGUCCUCCGCUCAAAUCUCACCUAAAACCGAUCCCUGCAGGGACCCAGAAAAAGCAGAAAACGAUUCUCCUCUGGCCAAAAGUGAAGACAAGGAGAACAAGCCAGACGAUGUGAAGAGCGAGGACGCGUUGGACGGACGGCUGAACGGGGACAAGGACACUCUGGAGGAGCUGGACGACAGCAGGAAGGAGGACAGGAACGGGUUCAAAGCCAAGUUCAUGUUUAAUAUUGCUGACGGAGGUUUCACAGAGCUGCACACCCUGUGGCAAACCGAGGAGCGGGCCGCGCUGUCCUCCGGGAAGAUGCACGACAUCUGGCACCGCCGCCACGACUACUGGCUGCUGGCCGGCAUCGUGACACACGGCUACGCUCGCUGGCAGGACAUUCAGAAUGACCCCCGCUACGCUAUCCUCAACGAGCCCUUUAAGACCGAGAUACACAAGAGCAACUACCUGGAGAUGAAGAACAAGUUCCUGGCUCGCCGCUUUAAGCUGCUGGAGCAGGCCCUGGUGAUCGAGGAGCAGCUGCGCCGGGCGGCCUACCUGAACAUGACCCAGGACCCCAGCCACCCGGCCAUGGCCCUGAACACGCGCUUUGCCGAGGUGGAGUGUCUGGCCGAGUCCCACCAGCACCUGUCCAAAGAGUCGCUGGGCGGGAACAAGCCGGCCAACGCCGUGCUGCACAAAGGUCUCAGAGAUAGCAACAGAUUGCUGAACCAGCUGGAGGAGCUUCUGAGCGACAUGAAGGCCGAUGUGACUCGACUUCCCAACAUGUUGUCCCGGAUCCCUCCGGUGUCGGCGCGGCUGCAGAUGUCGGAGAGGAGCAUCCUGAGCCGCCUCACCAGCCGAGGCAGCGAGCCGCCGCCGCAGCAGCCUUUCAGCCAGGGGGCGUUCGGCUGCUCCCAGAUGUACGGCAGCAGCUUCGCCGGCGGCUUCAGGGGCCCGGGGGGGCAGCCCAUGGUGAACUACAGUCAGAUGCCGAUGGGCCCCUACGUCAGCGGUAAGGAUCAACACCUGCAGUGGGAUAACAGGUGA